AUGGGGUCCUCCUACCGCACCGAAGAUAACGGCAAGAUCUCGGAUCUUCCCCAGUUGCACCGCUACAUCACGGGCCACAACGCCGAAGGAAAGGCCAUUGUCCACAGUCAGAACGACUUUGAGUGGAAGUCCUACGCCGAAGGCGAACUCGCCUUCAGCGUCGCCUACACAACCUCCGAAUUCCCCGCCAACCUCAACAAGGACGCCGACGUGGCGGAGCACACGCGGGUGCUGGAGUCGGGAAACCUCGGGCUGGUCAAUCCGCGCGGAACCGUUUUCCGGUGCGUCGACUUUGCACCUGGCUACGCAUGCGGAAUGCACCGAACGCAAAGUCUCGACUACGGCAUCGUGCUGGAGGGCGAGGUGGACAUGGUGCUCGACAGCGGGGAGGUACAUCCAUUGAAGCGGGGCGAUGUUGCGAUCCAACGGGCGACUCAACACCAAUGGGUCAACAAGAGCAAGACGGAGUGGGCGCGCAUGAUGUUUGUCUUGCAGGAUUGCCAGCCACUGGUUGUCGGUGGUCAGGAGUACAAGGAGGACUUGGGCACCAAUUCGGGCUUGCCGCCUAGCGGAAACUGA